GCGUUUCGAGUGGACGAUGACACAACAUUUGACGUCGUCACCUGGUGGAAGAAGAUCCCUUCGCCCUAUCGCCUCUCUCUUUCCUACCGCCAGUUUCCAUUGAUCGGACCACAUCGCCACAGCGUCGGGGAAGAAGCAGACUGUUUCCUUACAGCUACGAUUGUCCUGUACUGUCCUGUUUGCCUUUUCUUUAUUCGUUUCACCACCACCAGAAGCAGAAGCAGCAGCAGCAGCAGCCUGCCAGGUGCACACUCCUCGUCAUCCUCCUCCUCCGGGAAUCUUCGUAUUCAAAGCGUGCUGAUUAGCUGCAUUGUGGAAGGCAGAGAGGAGGAGGGAGAAGGAUGCCAGAAAGCGAGCCAAGGCGACGCUGUGACAGCUCGUCAUGAUGCAGCUGUUUCCACAACCGGAAAAACGUCGGGAUUACUCUUGAGAAUCGGCACGAGACGACACCGCCUAUUUUCGGUUUGAAGGUAACUUGCAGAAGUGCGGAUGCGCGAGACCAGCUGGGUCGGCACUUUUUCUCCCCGAGCGUGGAGGGUUCUGAUCAGGGCGUGAACUUACACAAGCCCACCCAGACAUCUUUAAAGAAGGCUCUCACAAGCCACUGAUCUGAUUCUUCGUUUGAUUCCGUCCACCAUGGAUCUCAAAACGGACACCGAGGACUUGGACUACGCUCGACCGCCCCCAAUCGAGGUGUUCGCCAGCCGCUCCACGCUGCACGGCAUCUCGCACAUGUUCACCUACGAGCGCAUGUGCGUCAAGCGCAGCCUGUGGAUCCUCUUCUUUCUGGGCUCCGUGGGCGUGCUGGCUCUGGUGUGCGUGGACCGCGUGCACUUGUACUUCCAGUACCCUCACAUCACCAAGCUGGAUGAGGUGGCGGCACCACUCAUGGAGUUCCCCGCGGUCACCUUCUGCAACCUGAACGCCUUCCGCUUCAGUCGGGUGACGCGCAACGACCUGUACCAUGCGGGUGAGCUGCUGGCCUUGCUCAAUGGAAGGUACGAAAUCCGCGACCCUCACCUGGUGGAGGAACACGUCUUGAACGUCCUGAAAGAGAGGGCCGACUUCGACAACUACAAGCCUCGUCCCUUCAACAUGCGUGAGUUCUACGACCGGACUGGCCACGACAUCAAGGACAUGCUGCUGUCCUGCUACUACCGUGGUACCGAGUGCCGCGAAGAAGACUUCAAAGUGAUCUUCACACGCUAUGGAAAGUGCUACACCUUCAACUCUGGCCAGGACGGGCGACCGCUGCUGUUGACCAUGAAGGGCGGCAUGGGCAACGGUCUGGAGCUGAUGCUCGACAUCCAGCAAGACGAAUACUUGCCUGUGUGGGGAGAAACAGACGAGACAUCGUUCGAAGCUGGCAUCAAAGUUCAGAUCCACACGCAGGACGAACCGCCGUUCAUCGAUCAGUUGGGCUUCGGAGUGGCGCCGGGUUUCCAGACCUUCGUUUCCUGUCAGGAACAACGACUGACCUAUUUGCCACCACCUUGGGGAGAUUGCAAGGCCACCCCAAUGGACUCGGACUUCUUCAGCACGUACAGCAUAACUGCCUGUCGCAUAGACUGCGAGACGCGUUACCUGGUGGAAAAUUGCAACUGCAGGAUGGUCCACAUGCCCGGAGAUGCCCCCUACUGCACCCCUGAGCAGUAUAAGGAGUGUGCAGAUCCAGCUUUAGACUUCCUGGUGGAACGUGACAACGACUACUGCGUGUGCGAGACACCGUGCAACUUGACACGUUAUGGUAAAGAGAUGUCCUUCGUCAAGAUUCCUAGCAAGGCUUCAGCCAAGUACCUCGCCAAGAAAUUCAACAAGACGGAGCAGUACAUAGCAGAUAACCUUCUGGUUCUGGAUAUUUUCUUUGAAGCCCUCAACUAUGAAACCAUUGAACAAAAGAAGGCCUACGAGCUGGCAGGGCUCCUGGGUGACAUCGGGGGUCAGAUGGGACUCUUUAUCGGAGCCAGUAUCCUUACCAUUCUUGAGCUUUUUGACUAUCUCUACGAGGUGAUCAAGUACAAGCUGUGCCGGUGCGUGAAGAAGAAACACAAAGGGCGUAACAACAACGACCGAGGCACUGUGCUGAGUCUGGAUGAUGUGAAGCACAAUGUCAGUACACCAGAGGCUCCUUGCGACAACCUGCGCACACCAUCCACAUACCCAGGCAACAUGCUACCUCAUCACCCGGCCCAGGGAAACUUCGAGGACUUCACCUGCUGAGCUUGAGUGAGUGUGCGCGUUCUUGCAACCAAAGUCCAAACCAUUCAGCAAGAUUAUCCAGGUGAGAGACUGACACCACGGCCAGACAGAGGCACUUUUGUACGCGCGUUUUGGAGGGGAUAAAGGGAAGAAGACUGUCACAAAUGGCCUAAAGGAGAAGAAAGUGCACCCCAAAACAGUCAUUUCUUGAGGACUCUUAUUUGUUUUUUCCAUCUGGAACACUGCCAGAUAAUCCAACUUGGACCAUUUUCUCUUAAUCAUGAGAACAAAGGGAACCUGUACAGAAAAAAUUAUAAUAAUUAAAAAAAAAAAAAGAAAAUAGCCCCAUCAUGUUCAUACAUCAGAAGGACAAACGCCUCCUUUUGCUCAUGUAGCAACAUCAUGACACAUGUCCACGGCGGGAUGUUCAGUUCUCACUGUGUAAAUGCAUGCUCGUACUCGUCCAUUUGCAUGCUUUACUCUUUCUUUACAGUUUUUUUUUUUUAAUAAAUGGUAUAUAUACACAUCUAUAUGAAUAUACAAAUCAAAAAGUACCAAGUUUGCCUCGUGGAGCUGGAGGAAGGUGAUGCAUUUCAUGUAUUAGUGCGUGGUAGUGUGCAAAAGAUGCCUCUGUCGUCCCUGCAAUGCGACUUUUUGCAGCGUUUUCUACUGCUUUUGAAUGUUAUGUGAUUCAGAGAUGGUAGCUGAGGUUGUCAUUCAUUGCCAUUGACAGCGACAGACGUCCAGUCCAUUUGAAGCGGGAGGGCUGGCUUCAAAUGAACAAAUGGAUUGGAUGACUAUGGCCGUCAAUGGCAGCGAAUAAAAUCAUCAGAAACCUAUAGCAUUUGAAUGCCAUCCAUUGCAGAUGACACAUUUUUCACCUAUUCAGCUACAAUGGAUUUCAAACGUCUGCACACCCUUGCCAAUAAAACCUAACAGUUUUGCCCCCCCCCCCCAAAAAAAAAAUUACAACAUUCAUUUCCAAGAACAAAAAUAUUUUCAAUUUUAAAAUGUUCACUCACACACCAAUGAAAUACACAAAAUUAAGUUCCACAAAAAGUUUCAGCCAGUUUUUAGGCAGAAGCAAACGGUUCUACGGUAACUUCCACCAAAAUUUGAUAAACACUUCCUCAUUCAUUUUUAAUGUUCUAAUUAAUUUUCAAUGGCACAUUUAACACCUGCUGCUCAUUUUUUUAUCUUACACUUGCAAAAAAUCUAAACAACAAAAAAAAUCUCUUUUAUCAUUAUUUUUUUACCAAAAACAUUCCAUCAAGUCCCUUUGAGUCAGUCUUACAAAUACAAGGUUUGCCUGUUCACAUAAUUCACAUUUCAACAUAUAACUACAAAAAUUUUCAUGUUUCUACUUUUGGCUAAACGGUCAUUUUUUUUUUUUUUUUUUACCAAAAUGUCCCCAUAAAUUUCAUUGACCUUUAGCGAUCAUUCGGGAAAAUGUUUUGUUUUCUUUUUUAAGAUUUCAACCAGUCCAACAUCUUUAACUCUGACUGACAAUUUUAUUUUAAUUAAAACUUUGAUGGAAGUGUCCCAAAAUCGAAAGUAAAUGAGCCAACAUAUACAGGAAAUGAACCAAAGUCAACUGGAACUGACCUGAAAUCAAUAGAAAGUGACCUGAAAUUGCUCCAAAAGCCUGAAAUGAAUAGGAAAUGCCCCAAACUCAUCAGGAAUUUUUUCUAAUAUUAAAGAAACCAAGGGUGUGUCGAAUUUUUUUAUUUUUUUAUCCUUGUUGCUUUUCUCUUAAUUUGAACACAUCACUUUCAUUCCAUCCGUCCAUCUCUGCCUGCCUGAAAAGGGUGGGGCCAGUGAGCCGAUUUUGAGGCUGGACUCCUUUUGUGUUGUGGGGCUGUUAAACUGUUUGCGUAUCUGUGUUCUCGUUGCAGACGUCUUCUCAAAGCACAAUACCACCACUAUGUAUGUAGAGCUAAUGUAAAAGAAAAUGUACUCUUCUUCUUCUGGAUAUAUUGUCUUAUGAUUACUAUUGUGCCGAUUUGACUGUUUCCUUUUGCUUUUCAUAUGAAACAUGCUCACUUAUUGCCUGAUAAGCCUGUCUCCAUCUUCCAGGCAAUGGGCUGUUUUAUUGAGUUAGCCCCGCAUAAAUAAAGUGUAAAUAUCA